UGAAGACAGGGCGGGACGGGAAACAACCGCAGUCACAGCCCUCCGGCCCUGGGCUCCUCAGGGUCCCCAGGGCUCCUGCUGGGGCCUUUCCUCAGCCAACUCCCCUCCCUGCUCUCCGCCUGGCCUGGAACACCACAGACACCUGGGGACAGAUAGCACAGAUGAGUCCCCCGCCUCCGUAAUGUGACUUUACACCACUGUGCCCAGGUACGCCGGAGCCAGCGCCAGCCCACUGUUCCAGCCACCGGCGUCUGAUGGGGUGCUGACCCCCUUGCCACGUCAGGCUCAGGAGCCAUGUGGCCCAACGGCACCUCGCUGGGGGUCUGCUUCCGCCCGGUGAACAUCACGCUGCAGGAACGGCGUGCCAUCGCGUCACCAUGGUUCGCUGCAUCCUUCUCCACGCUGGGCCUGGGGUCCAACCUGCUGGCGCUGAGUGUGCUGGCCCGGGCGCGCCCCGGCGCGGGGCCCCGCUCCUCCUUCCUCGCUCUGCUGUGCGGCCUCGUCCUCACCGACUUCCUGGGGCUGCUAGUCACCGGCGCCAUCGUGGCGUCGCAGCACGCUGCCUUGUUGGACUGGCGAGCCACUGACCCCGGCUGCCACUUGUGCCACUUUAUGGGCGCGGCCAUGGUGUUCUUUGGGCUGUGUCCCCUGCUCCUGGGGGCCGCCAUGGCCGCCGAGCGCUUCGCGGGCAUCACACGGCCCUUCUCACGACACACGGCCACGACGCGCCGCGCGUGGGCCACCGUGGGGCUGGUGUGGGUGGCGGCCGGGGCCCUCGGGCUGCUGCCACUGCUGGGGUUCAGCCGCUACAGUGUGCAGUACCCCGGCUCCUGGUGCUUCCUGACGCUCGGGGCGCAGCGCGGCGACGUGGCCUUCGGGCUCAUGUUCGCACUCCUGGGCAGCGCAUCCGUGGGACUGUCCCUCCUGCUCAACACCGUGAGCGUGGCCGCGCUCUGCCGCGUCUACCACACGCACGAGGCCACGCAGCGCCCGCGGGAGAUGAUGGUUCAGCUCGUGGGCAUCAUGGUGGUGGCCACGGUAUGCUGGAUGCCCUUGCUGGUCUUCAUCGUGCAGACCUUGUUGCAGACACCGCCUGUCAUGAGCCCCUCUGGGCAGCUGUCUCGGGCCACUGAGAAGCAGCUGCUUAUCUACCUGCGUGUGGCCACCUGGAAUCAGAUUCUGGACCCCUGGGUCUACAUCCUCUUCCGCCGGUCUGUGCUACGGCGCCUGCAUCCACGAUUCCGUUCACAGCUCCAGGCUGUGUCCUCACACCAGCCCCCAGCCCAGGCCAUGUUCAGUGGACCCUGAAGGACGGUGACACUCAAACCGAGGUGCUUGGUGACUGCCAUCAACCUGUGCCCUGUCCCAGGAGCCUGAGUGCUUGCUGGACUAAGCUACUACGGCAGGGUCUGACUCCUGUGAACUGCAAAGAUACCUCCUCGAUGCUGGGGAGGUCCUCCCUGGCCCCCUCCCCUGUCAACUAGGAGGCCAGGGCACAUGUUAGAGACCCCUUGCAGGAAUCUUGGGUUACACCUGGGGUGCUGGUAGCGUCUCCCACUUUGCCAAUGUGCAGGUCUGAGAUGUGGAGCUUCACAUUCCCCCAGGCUCAAGGAUCACCAACCUUGGGUGUUAGAAGCACCCACUGUGGUCCCCGUAGCUGGGUCUGGGGUCACCAACCUCUCCAGUGUUUACUGAGCCUCCUUCCCCCAUGGCUGUCCAACACACUGCUCAAUAAAUGGUUGAAUGUCCA